AUGACGACCUUGAAAGGUAUUUUUCCAAACCCAAAGCCGCCAAGAAAAAAAAAUUUUCUAUAUGAAAAUGUCAAAAGUUUGCGGCAAAUGGAGAAAUACAUCACUAAGGAAGAUAAAGUAGAUAAACUGAGGCCUAAAACUGGCCCGAGGAUGAGCAAUAAGUACCAACAUGUCGCACCGAGAGUCUACUCUAGUAUCCGCGGCUCCAGCGCAGUGUCAUCAAAGAGCGACAAGAGCAAAGUGAACAAGACUCUGAGUCGCAAGUUAAGCGCUCCAAGUCUCGUCAAGACUGGAGACAACAAAUCAUGUGAUUCUCUAAAUUCUAAUCUGUGCAACAGUAAUAAUAAAUUAAAAUCCAGAGAGUACAAAUCUCAAUGUAAUUUAAGUUCUAAUUUGGUGAACGGAGUCAGUAAUUUGGACAUUAAUCGGGAAAUUGAUAAAAAAGAGUCUCGUAGUCAGGGUAUUCAGACAUUAGAUGCCAAUGAUUUAGACAGUUUGUACUCCGAAGGUAUUAUUAGGUAUCCGUCAAGUAGGAGCAGAGAAACUGAAGAAGAUAAAUCACUGUUUAAAGAAGAUGUCAAUCUGAAUCUAGACUUGGGUAGAGAUCCUUCACCUGCUAGAUCCUUGAAUAGCAAACAAAUAAAUUCAACUUCGCCUUCUCCCGGAAAAGAUUUUGUUAAAAUGAACAAAGAAAAAAUAACUGUUGCUGCGAGAUUGGCUGCUCAGUUGAAUAAUGGUAUUGUACCGCCUAAUUAUCGCAAAGGAGUUGUUCCCAAGUACAUACUUGAAAGAAAAGAAGAGCAGCAAUUAAAAAUUGAGCAAGCUAAAUUAGAAGCAACUAAUUCUGAUUGUCCAGCUGGUCAUAUUCCAUUACCUGAUAAUGAACGUAAAGAAACUUUACGUUUAUUAAAAAAAAAUUAUCAGGAAUUUGUUAAUGAAUUAAACAAAAUGCCAAUACGGUCAGACACGCUGCGCUGCCAGAAGAAAAAAAUGGAGAUUGAAAAACAAUUAAACAAAUUAGAAGAAGGAAUUAAAAUAUUCUCGCGUCCUAAAGUAUUUGUUAAAACAGACGCUUAA